UCCUUCGUCCUUUCUCCUACAUUGCGCCGCUACGCAUACCCACACACCCACACCGCAACCUCUGCUCCUUGUGGAAAUAUAGUCGUAGUAUAAAGAUUUUUCACCGAGCGUCACAAUUUUCACGUUUUCGUACGUCCCAUCGCAAAAAUAAACACAAAUCAACUCGAAACUACAAAAAAGUGCUAUUGUUAACCCUUCGGUUACUAAUCUAGUCUCAAAAGAAUAAAUUAUUAAUUAAAAAUGGAAAAUAUACCCAAUAGAAGAAAACUCUCUGCAAAAGGAGAAUCAUUAUAUGCGCAUCUCACAUUGCCGAAAACCGCAUCUCCUGAAGAGAUCAAGAAGCAUUAUCGACGCCUAGCACUCAAAUUCCACCCCGAUAAGAAUUCCGACCCGGAGGCCGUCGAGAAAUUCAGAGAGAUUACCUAUGCGUACUCAAUACUCAACGAUGAAAAUAAGAGAGCUAUCUAUGAUGAAUAUGGUUCCAUUGGAUUGGCAAUGGCCAACCAGUUCGGUGAUGAAAACAUUCGGAUUCGUUUACCAUGGUGGUUAAAGAUGUUGGUUUACGCCGGCUGCAUCGCAACCUGUUUCUGCUGCUGUUGUUGCUGCUUCUGCUGCUGCAGAUACAAAUAUACGGAUCCCGAAGAGGAGGAAGGAUUCAAAUCAUUCCAACAAACUGCCUUAGUUGAGUAUGCACCGCAACUCGGCGACUUCGAAAUGGAAGGCAACGAUACCGAAGGCCCGUCGACGUCUCAACCCACGGCAAAUCCUUUCUAUGCUGGUCAAACUCAAGACACAACAUUCGUGUAAAUAUAAAUAAUCCGAAAAUAACUUCCGUAACUUAUGAAAUAACGCAAAUAAUAACAAAACUUGUUUUUGUCACGAUUUAAUACAACUACUGCAAGAUGUCGCUACGUUGCCGACACGUUCUGCAACACACGUCACAAACGAAUUCUGUUUUUAGCUAGUCGACGAUAUAUAGUUACCAUUAAUUAAAAUAUAAAUAAAUAAAUAAGAAAUUAAAGUAAUAUUAACAUGAAUACAUAUUAUAAUAGUAAUAAUGACGAAUGUACAUGACUUUAUAAUACAUACUCCUAUUAAUUUAUACAGAGUGUCACACCAACACUAACAAACACAAUAGCGUAGGUUUUAACAGAAUGGCAAGGUUAGAAAAAGUGAAUGUGUGGGUUUAAACUUCUUGAUGUUGUUUAUAAAUGGAGCAGGGUAGUAGUGACAGCCGUAAAACCGAAAGUUGAAAUUUCUGUACUUAAUUGUAAGUAGAAACCAGGAAAAAGUUGAAUGUUAUGGAAUAAGUUUUUGACAGAGUGCGAUGCACAAUUAAAUAACCUAACUUUUAAUCUAGACACACGCUAGUCACCAGUAAAUAUGUUUUAAGGUUAUAAAAGUUUGUUCAAUGCUCAAGAUAAGUUUGUUUCUCCAAUUCUAUCAAAUCUUCCACUUCCAAUUAACUAAAUUUUAUAAGUGUCUAACUUAGCAAAACUUAGAAGAAAAUGAAUUUAGUUUAGAAAAAUGUCGUGUUAAACUGGUUGAAUUCUUCAAAGUUUAUUGAGAAACAAAUAACUAUACCACGAUUGUAAAGAAAUAAAAUGUUUCACAUUUGCAUUCAUUAAUUCAUUGAAUACUCACAGACACACGUGUUUAUAAAAUGUUCAGACAAUAAUUUAGUUUUAUUUUCAAAAGAAAUAUGACCUUUUUUGUAAUAAUUGCGUAACGAACACAAACUGCCUAGAGCAAAUACUGUUUUGAUCUUGAUACCAAGUAAUAUGAAUAAAUAAAACAAAUUUAAUGAGAACCAA